AUGAGCAACUCACAAGCUAUGGACUCAAGGCCACCAAGUAUCCAGCUUGAACCAGCACAUGACACCACAACAGCUACUUCUGGAUCUACAAGUAAUUUCUCCAUCUCACAGACAGUUGGCUCGACCUCUCCUUCAAUAGCUGGCAUUUCACAACUCAUGUCACCACCCACCAAAACCUCUGCAACCAUGGCACUCUCGCCUGAACAGCAUAUCCCUUCCGCCCCCUCUUCCCCUUCUUCCCCUAAUGUGAAGCAGAUGUCCAAAGGCGGUAAAACAAUUUCUGUAUCUCCUACGCCUUCUUCGUCGUCUUCGUCAUUACGAGCGCCAUCGUUACAUUCUUCAGUCUCUCAGCAGUCAAGUACUGCCGCUCAAAGUUUCUCGGCAGCAGAUGCUGCAAGGCAUUUAAGUCAAGAGCAUGUAACGAGGACUAGUCAGGAUAUGUUCAAAAAGAUUGUGGAUUAUGUCAAGAGUGAGAUGCUCACUACGGCCGAAGAUUAUAGGUUAUUGGAGAACAUGAACAUCCUGACGAAAGAACGAUAUAAUGAAUUAGCAGGAGUAGCACAGGAACUGAUGGUGGAGGUUGGCAAGCUCAGGACUACAUAUUCGGAUUUUGAGCCAUAUCUAGCAAGGAUUGACGAGAUCAGUGAACAAGCCGAAAUGAUAAGCAAUAUUGCAAUAGAACUGGAUGAGUAUACAAAGUCAUUAGAAAUGCGGCUUAAACGCGUAACAAAAUAA